AGUAAGAAUUUAGUUUUGUGAAAGACAAGUAAAUAUGAGGAAAUAUAUUCAACUUGCACUAGUUAUUGCUGCAGUUACAUCUAUUAUUUUAGUCAUUAUUUAUGAAAGAAAAUAUUCCAAAAUGAAAAUGGUCUUGGAAGUUUUAAAUUCAUUUGGAAAUAGAGAAGAAUUUUCAAAAUUAAAGCACCAUAAAACAACUGUCAGGCCAGAAAUUAGAAUUAAAGAGGAAGUUUCAUGGAUUCAUAUUGUAGAUUCUUUACAUUUAUAUUCAGCAUUUUGGGAACGUGAUAAAAAUACUUCAUCUGUUAUUAUAUUAGCAAUGAUUCCAGACAUGUCUACACAGUUAUCAGAUAUGGAAUGUUUUUUAUGGUAUGAUGAUUACCCUACACCAUUAUUAGGUACAGUGAAAUUAGAAGAGCAAUCUAAUAAAUACUCAGGAUUUUUUGUUAAAUGUAUACCUUCAAAUAUAAAUAAAGUGCCUUAUGGAGUGACAUUAUCAUUCAAAUCUGUAAAUUCAAGUCUCAUAAAUAUCUCAAGACAUACUGAAAAUGCAACAUUUGUAUUUUGUAUAGAACCUCUUUCCAGUGGCUUUCAAGAUGUCAUUUUGUUAACUGAAUAUUUGACAUUUCAUAACAACAUAAGAAAAAGUCAUUUCAUUAUUUAUGAUGAGGGAAUAUCUCCCAAAAGUAGGAAACUACUAGAAUAUGCAAAAAUCAAUAAAUACAAAGUUGAUAUUCUCAAGUGGAACUAUCCAGGAGGAGCAUUGGAUAAAGAUAUAUACCAUCUAGAUUGCUUUGCUAGAUCACUUCUUGUGUAUAAUACUAAUAAUGUGAUGAUUACAACUUUAAAUGAAUUCUUUGUGCCAAAGUAUCAAAACUUAACAAAAAUUUUAGAAAAUACAAUGCAAUAUAAAUUCAAUGUUUAUCAGUUCUGUACUGAAUACCCAGAUAUAGUAGCUGAAACAUUAAAAUUUCCAUUUCUAACUUUAAAGUAUACCAAACGAUUAGCAAAGAAUGUUUCUACUAAAACUUUAUAUAAAAAACCAGCUCUUUCUAUUUGGAGAAAAAACAAAAUAAAAAAUAAUGAUAGAGAAAUUUUAUAUUCUGAUCAAAUUGUAUUGCAUCAUUAUGAAAAGUGCUAUUUAGAACAUACUCAUAUUGUUCAUAAGCAUAUACAAGAUACUUCCAUGAUGUUAUAUAAGGAUGUACUCUUUACAUCACCAUUAUUUAAAUAUAUUGAAGGAAAAGAAAUGAGGAAGUGGCAGGCACUUUACGUGCUUUUUAUCCUUCCAUUAAUAGAUGCAGAUUUACAGGAUAUUGUUAAAAAGGAAUGUAGGCACAGUUCUGACUCAGAGAGCUUUUUACAACCUGGGCAUGUCUAUAAAUAUCGCUAUCAUUCAGUUGGCAAUGUAGAUUUUGCUGGAGUAAAUGAUAGAACUAGUGAGAUAGAACUUGAAUGCUCUGUAACAGUGAGUGCUGCUGUUAAUUGCCUCUAUAAUUUAGAGCUUUCUGGAUGCAAAACUUCAGCAGGAGGAGGACCAAAUGGAAAUCUUCAGUAUUGGGUAAAAGAUCGUGAUUUAUCCGAGUUAACUGAGUAUCCUGUAUUAUUUUCUUUGAAUAAUGGAAAAUUGGGAUCUAUAUUUGCUUUACCACAAGAUCCAAUAUAUUCAGUUAACAUCAAGAGAGGUAUCAUUUCUGGAUUUUCUCUUUCCAAAUCUUCUGCAGAUGGGAAAGAAAGAACUCAAAGAGAUGUUCACGGCAACUGUCCCAGGCAAACAAAUUCAAUUAGUGAUCAGAAAUACAGUUCACACAAAAUCAUAAACAGGUGUCAAUUCCCAAGCCGACCAAAUUGGAAACUGUCUCCAUUUUCACUUUUUUGGAAUACUAGUUUUGCUCAAGUUCUAAUUAGAUCCAGCGUUGAUUGUGAUUAUGAUGUUAAUUCAGGCCAAAUGAAAUUAGAAAAAGUCUCUUGCCAUGAAAAACACAUUCUUCUCCCACAUUCAUCUAAAAAUACUGAAGUUUCAGUGCAAGCCAAUAUAAAAUAUCAUCUUACAUUAGAAUCAGCAAAAUCAGCAUUAUUUAAACAGAGAUAUCAACUUAAUGAGAUGAGAGCUACUGGAAUAGAAAUGGAGUACGAAAAAAUUGAAGAACCAACAGCACAGCCUCCAGAUUUUCUACAAAAUGCACAAGAUAUUUUGUCAAAUUUAGUAUUAUUUAGUGAAGAGGAAGUACAAAUAAGAGCUGCAGGUCUUUUUGAUGAGCUUCUGUAUCUUGUGAGACAAUCAACAGAUUUAAUACCUUUCAUUGAUUCAGUGACUGCUUGUAAUUUUAUCAAAGGUGUACCAAAAUGCAAUAAAGUACAAAAACAAUUAGCACUGCAAUUUCUUAAAGAUGCCAUAUCACAAUGCAAUACAGGACCUUGCAUGAAAGGAUUUAGACAUCUAGUUGUUCGGGAUCAAAUACCUCGAAUGUAUUUGAAUUUAGUUCUUAUUUCAUUGACAAAUAUACCUAUUCCAAAUCCAACUUAUAUUGAAGAAAUUUUGGUAANCUUUGAUGAUUGCAAUGUAGAAGAUGUAACAUUCCCAUCGGAUUAUACAACAGCUGACAAAAAUGAAUAUCUUCUUACAGUUAUAAAGACAAUUGGAAAUAUUGGUGAUACUGCCAGAGUUGCUCAUAAUACAGUUGUUAAACAAUUAUAUUCUUGUGCAGCUGGUAAAGAAACAUCAUUAGAAGUAUCUGUGGCUGCUAUUAAAGCAAUGUACAGAAUGAAACCAAAUAAUUACAUCCACAAAAAACUUACUCAUUUAAUGAGAGAUACUACUCGUGCAGUAGGAGUUCGAUUAGCUGCUUAUGAUGUGUUAGUUAAUUUAUUUGAUGAUGAUGAUCUAGCAAAAGAAAUAGCACUUUUAUUAAGAGAAGAAAAAAGUAUACAAGUAAAGUGCUACAUUGCAUCAGAUGUCCAAAUGAUAGAACAAGAACAUGUUGGAUCAACUAAAACUGACACUUUUGCUGAUAAAUUAAAAGAACAUUUUAAAGCAGAAGGAAUUUAUCUUGAAGAUAUUCGUUGUAGUCCUAUUCAUCAUUCACGCUCAUAUCGAGACUCCUCUUUUUAUGAUUUCCACUUUUUACCAAAAGAAAUGAGAGGCUUUGGAUCAAAAUAUGAACAUAAAGUGAUAUUUGAAACACUCAGUGCCUUACCAUAUUCUUCCACUUUUAAUUAUACAGUCCAACUUUUUAGCAAAUAUUAUAAUCUUUUUGAAACAGGCAUAACUGCAAAAAAUUGGGAAGAAUUUGGAAUUUGGAUUAGAAGACAGCUUUCAGAUUCCAAUAUAAAUGUUGGUCAAUGGGUAAUUACAAAUUUCAUUGAAGUUGUGAGAAAAUUAGGAAUAAAAGGACUCAUUCCAGUAGUAUCAAAUUUUGGUGGUGAAGAAUUAUCAUUUGUUUAUCCUGAUCAAAAAGUUGCAGAUAAUUUAAGAAAAGUAGUCAAACAAUUUCUUGAUGCUAAUGUAAAACAAAAACCAUCUCUAGAAAUCUAUUUAAAAAUAUUUGGAAAUGAACUUGCUUUUGUUACUCUCAAUGGUAUCUUCUCUUUUCUAACUACUCAAUACCACUGGAUUUCUAAUCAGAACAUUGGAGAAUCACUACGUAAAGGUAUAGAAUAUGAUUAUACACGCACUCUAAAAAUAGGAGAAUCAUAUCAUCAUGUACCUACAUCCAUGGGAUUACCACUAACAUGGGGAAGCAAUGCCAUAAAUAUAAUUUCCCCUCGUAUCAAAAUUGAUGCUACUGAAAAUGUUGGGGACCAGACACAGCAUCUCAAUCUUGUUCAUAGUUAUUGUUAUUCUGUAAUUGAUGAGUUGAUUCUUGAAUUCCCAACUGUUACAAAAAUUGGACUCCGAGGAAAUACCUCAACACAUGCAUCCUGGAAUGCUGACCUUAAAUUUCACCAUUCUGAAGCUCAUGAUUUUCAUGAAAUUACAUCAAAAGUGCCAGAAAAGAAACAAAAAUAUUUUGAAUUAUAUCGGAGAAAUCAAGAAAUAUUUGGUGAUAAAAUUGAAGAUAUUCCUAUUGAUGAAAAUUUUAUAAAAGAACAUGAUGGAUGUACUGGGAAGAACUUUAAUGAAGUGGCCGGAGUGAAACUGUGCCAUUAUAAAUAUUAUCCUAAUCUUCCAGAUGAAUUAAAAACAUCAACUUUCCUUUUUGGCAGAAUUGAAUCUAAAUAUUCUCUUGAAAAAUAUGACAGUGAAUUAAAAUAUAGUACACUACAAAUAACUACUCGGAACAAUGAAAAAGGUUCAUUUGAAAUUAAACUGAAAAAUAGUGCUCCAGGUUCAAAAUAUACAAGAGAAUAUAAUAUUGAUCUAAAAGUAAAUUCUGAAACUAAAGAAUAUAAUCUUGGAGUAACUCAUAAAGACUUUCCAGAUUUUGCUCUUACUGCAUAUCGUACAAAAAUUCACAAUGAUGAUCAUGUAGAAACUGGAGUAAAACAUUAUUGGCUAUUACAGUGUCAUGCUGAUAAAAAAUAUGAAAUGAAAUACAAUGUAAAUGAGCAAACAGAAUCAAAACCCAUUCAUCAAGGACACAAAGGACAUCAUAAACGUUCUGCAAAAAGUAAAGAAUUUGCAGCUAGCACACGAGAAAGAACACUUGAUUUUGAAACUCCUUAUAAUAUUUAUAGAUGGAACUCUAAACUGUUUACUCAUCAUGGUAUAAAAAAGGCUGAAGCUCUUUUAACAUAUGAAAACUUAGCAGAUGGAUGGAAGUGGCCAGCUAAAUAUCUUCCAGAUUCAAUGUGGGAAACAGAUAAAAAAGCUUGGCUACAUUUUGAAGGAGAAUUGGAAAUAGAAAAGGGAGAGUCGGACCGUUUCCAUCGCCAUUCAAUUGGCAGACUUAGUUCUCCUAAGAGAUCUGUUGAAAUAGUGACUCAUAAAAUGAAAACACCUGAAAAUCUUCAUCUUCAGGCUAAUGCUACUGUUCUAGAAAAACCAAGUGGUAAAUUUUUGUCAUUCAUCAAUGGAUCAUAUCACCGAUCAGAAUUCAAUGCUAGAGGAACCUGGAAACGUGCACAUGAAUUUAAACUUGUAAUUCCAAGAUAUUCUUGGGAUAUUCAAGCAGAAAGAGAAAUUAGUGAUUCUGAAAGUUCUUCUUCAGCUGUGUAUACUAGAUAUAGAAUGGUUCCAAAAACUGAAGAAGGAAAAUCAUACGUUGGUGUGCCAAUUCAAUUGGAUAAUUUUGAUUUAGAAGAAGUACACAUAAAAUAUAAAGGACAUAUGAAGCACAAACAUGUAGAAAAUCAGUUAUUACCACAAAAACUGCGUGAAACUGAUUACAUCAGAAAUAAAGAUCAACGUUAUCCAGGAGUUGAAACAGUCAUAGAUGCUUCCUUAAAGUUUCCAAAUGAAAAUAAAGAAGAAUCAGUAACUGUAAAAGGCCAUUUAUUAAGGGUGUAUGAAGAUAAACCACGCUCAUUUGACAUUUUUGGAAUUAACCACCAGACACCCGUAGGAUCUGAAUUAUCACUUACAGGAGUUGAUACAUUAGCUAAUAUCCGAAGAGAAAUUAAAACUGUGACAGGUUCUAAGCACGAUUGGGUUAAAACUUUAGUAAUGCAUAAUGAUGCUAUUUAUCGUGGUAAUGAGAAGAAAACUGACUAUAAUCUUAACCUUCUAUGGGGUGAAAAGGAAAAGUGUGAAUAUAUAGAUCUGAAGCAUGAUUUCCAGUCUUCAUUUUACAAUUUUGAUUCUACAAUUCUAUUAGAAUGUAAACCAAGAACUAAAGCCUAUAAUUUGGAAAUUAACAUAAAUACUAAUUCACCUGAAUGGGAUAUGCUUAAUUCUAAGACUCGUCAGGUAUUCUAUCUUGAACGUCAUUUAGAAGGAUGGGAAACAAUGAAUUUUAGUCACCCAGCUAUUAAUAUAGAUGCAGAAGGAAAAAUUGGAAUGGAUUUUGAAGGUCCAUUUUAUGAUAAGAAAUAUCAUAUAAAGAGCAAGACAGAUGUAUUGCCUAGUUAUGAAAUAACUUAUUCGUCUAAACUCACAAGUACUCCAUAUAUGGAAUUAAAUAUUGAAGUUCCUGAAGAUGGAUUUAAGAAUAUUAAAUACAGAACAGAUAUUGCAAGAGAUGGAAGUGGAUUUUCUAUUGUAGGAACUCAUGUUCAUACAGAUAAACCAGAAGAAGUAAAAGAAAAUCUUGCAUUUGCAUUGAAAUUAUUAUCACCUUUCACAAUUUCACUCAAAGGAUAUGAAGAUUUAAAAUUUUCAAUGGAAAUAGCAGAGAAACUUCAUCCUAGGCUUGUUCUUCUAUCAGAAAAAAUAGAAGCUAUAGUGAAAGAUCGCAAUCAUCCUAUAAAUGUUCUUAUUAAAUCUUUAAGAAAACAAUCAAAGAAACAGGAAGAAUUUUAUAGAAAUGCAUUUGAAAAAUUGAAAGAAAAUAGAAAAGAAAUCCGUGAACUGCUUUAUCCAUUUAUACAACCAACUGUUGAAAUGAUUCGUAAUAUAAGAAGAGAAGCAGAUGAACGUACAAAACAAGCACAAGAUAAUUAUGAAUCUUUUACAGUUGCAGGUAAAUAUAAGUAUGCAAGAAUUUCUUAUAUGAUGAUAAUUUUUUAUUUUUUAAAACGUUGAAUAAAUUUGCAAAUUUCUAU